AUCAACAUGGCCGAAAAAGAGAAAACUGAUUAUAUUGCAGAUGAAACUUCCAACGUCCCUGAAGCUACAACUGAGAAAGCAGGAUCCAUCCAGGCUAUAGACAGAGGAUCAGUUCAUCGAAUAUGUUCAGGACAAGUCGUUCUUACUCUGGCUAUCGCCGUCAAGGAACUGGUUGAAAACAGCGUAGAUGCCAAAGCAACAAGUGUUGAGGUGAAACUGAAAGAGUAUGGCAGUGAAAUGAUUGAGGUCAGUGACAAUGGAUCUGGAGUGGAGGAGAAGAAUUUUGAGGGACUCACUCUGAAACACCACACAUCUAAAAUACAGGACUUCGGUGACUUGGUUGGAGUGGAGACAUUUGGCUUUAGGGGGGAGGCUCUCAGCUCUCUCUGUGCUUUGAGCAAGCUGAGUGUUGUUACCUGUCAUGAGGAAGCGAGUGUUGGGACGAGGCUGGAGUUUGACCAUCAUGGGACACUCUGCAGCAGGGCACCAUGCCCCAGACAGAAAGGAACAACCGUAAUUCUACAAAACCUGUUUUCAACACUGCCAGUGCGACAUCGCGAGUUCCAGCGAAGUCUGAAGAAGGAGUUCGCCAAGAUGAUCCAGGUGCUGAAUGCCUAUUGUCUGGUGACGACCGGGGUCAGGAUCUCCUGUACUAACCAGGCUGGGAAAGGGAGUCGGUCAACUGUCGUAUCCACCAAAGGUAACACAACGCUGAGAGAAAACAUCGCCAACAUCUUUGGUCCCAAACAGGUGCAGAGUCUGUUGGAGUUUAAACAACAUGAGCCCACAGAGGAGGUGUGUUCCUGGUUUGGGGUCAAGUCGCAAGCUUAUUCUGAAGACCUGUUCAGGAUCGAGGGCUUCGUGUCCAAGUGUGAGCAUGGCCGGGGAAGGGGGAGUACUGACAGACAGUUUAUCUUCAUCAACAAGAGGCCAUGUGACUCGGCCAAGCUGUCCAAGCAGAUCAAUGAGGUUUACCACAGCUACAAUCGCCAUCAGUACCCCUUUGUGGUGCUUACGAUCACUAUGGAUAAAGAGAGUGUUGAUGUGAAUGUGACCCCUGACAAGAGACAGCUCUUCCUUCAGGGGGAGAAACUCCUGCUGGCAACACUCAAGACAUCGCUGGUGAAGAUGUUCGAACCCACUACCAGCAUACUGAAGAUCAACACCUUCAUGACUCUCAACACAAGCCGAGCUGACAAGGAUGAUGACAGUUCAGACACAGGCUCUGACAGGUCAUUGCAGGUGGUACCAGAAGGGCCGAAAAUAGGAAAGCCAACACUUGUGAACACUCUGUCCAAACUAAAGCGGUCGUUUUCCAGCGCAUUUGCAAAGGAUGACGUGACAGGAAACUUUCAGACUUCUAGUCCAGAACAUUCAAAACAGAGGAGACUUGACACAUGGACAUUACCCAAAAGUCAAAGUCUUCCUGCAAAGUUCAAAUCAGAGGAGACUACACCUUGUAAAUCUUCUCUUUCAAACUUUCUGUGCAAACAAUCCCCAAAUUUUGGGGAAUCAGAAUCUGUAAUAGAUUCGGACUCAGGUAUUACAGAAAGCCCAAGCAAACUCUCACACUCACCAUCUCUGAAAACUAGAGCUGAUGAUUCGUUUUCAUCUCCAGUGAGUGCGGAAAGAGGAUCACAUGUUGACAGUUUUUUGUCAGAUUUUAAACAGAAGUGUACCAAGGAUGUAACAAAGGUUGAAGGUGGUGGCUCAAGUCAGUCCUCAGAUUGUGUUAUUGUUGUUCCGGAACAGAUCACAUCUUCUCAAGGUAGCAGGUCCACAUGUUGCAGCCAAGGGUCCAAGACAGACAGCUUUACUGUCCCAGACACAAAUCUGGAGUACGUUCAGUGUGAGGAAGACACUGUUGAUGCAAGAACAUCAUUUCUGAAAAUUUCAAAACAUUCAAGUCAGGAGAUUAUAGACCUUGAGGAAUUGUCAGAAUCCUCGAUGUUCAGAAAGGCAAGAUUAAAAGGAGAUACCGGUGAGGAAGAGGAGGUUGAAGAUGUAGAGGAAGAGGCAUCACAUUUGGCAGCUGCAGGUCUUUCAGGAGAAGCAUCACAGGAGAGUCCAGAUGAUGCACAACUACCCCAUGGAUGUCAGGUUACACUUCAGGAAUAUGAUGAGAAAGAAGAGGUUCGCAAAAGAGAGAGAAGACUUUCAUUUUCCUUCAGUGCUUUCAAGGCCAGGACACAGGCUGUGAAUGGAACAAACCAAGAUGGGAAUGGCAAUACAGAUUUCAGCCGCAGCUUUCGAGCUAAGAUUUCCCCCCUGGACAACAGGUCUGCCGAAGAGGAGCUCCAGAGAGAAAUAAAGAAAGACAUGUUUCCCAAGAUGGAGAUCAUCGGCCAGUUUAAUCUGGGCUUCAUCCUGGCUAAGCAUGGGGAGGACCUGUUUAUUGUUGAUCAGCAUGCAACUGAUGAGAAGUACAACUUUGAGAUGUUACAGAGACAUACUGUCAUACAGAGUCAGAAGCUUAUACACCCUCAAAACCUGGAGCUGACUGCUAGCAACGAGACCAUCCUAGUAGACAACCUGGACAUCUUCAGGAAGAACGGCUUCGACUUUGUCAUUGACGAAACAGCCCCUCCCACCUGCAGAGUGAAGCUGACGUCAACGCCAGUCAGUAAAAACUGGAACUUUGGCAAGGAUGACAUAGAGGAGCUGAUCUUCAUGCUGACAGACUCGCCAGGUGUGAUGUGUCGGCCGUCCCGGGUUCGGAUGAUGUUUGCCUCCAGGGCCUGUCGGAAAUCAAUCAUGAUUGGAACAGCUCUCAAUAAAGCAGAAAUGAAAAAGCUGUUGUGCCACAUGGGUGAGAUUGAGCAGCCUUGGAACUGCCCCCAUGGUCGUCCGACAAUGAGGCAUCUCUUCAAUCUCAACAUGCUGCCAAAAUAACCCCUCUUCAGCAUGUGUUGACAUUAACUGAAGAGUUGUCUCCCUUGUACCAGUGAUCUUUCAGCAAGCAGAAACUUAAUUGUGUGGAAGAACAGGAAAUCAUUAAACAGACAUUAUCUGUGAACGUUUAAUGACCAGAAGUUGUAAAUAAAGAAUUUUUAAAUUUA